AUGUUGAAAAAGAUUGCGAGAUCAAUGACAAGCAAUGAGCAGAAGAUGAUUUUACAAGUUAUUCUCACUUGUGGAAUCGUGUGCAAAUAUGCAAAGAAGGCUGAUAAUAUAAAUUCUGACGCUGUGAAGAACUUGAGAAUGAAUGUUUGUGAGAGACUCGCUGAGAUGUUCAAUGCGUUCCCGGAUCGUGAGUUUUCAAAAGAGGAGAUCACGGUUAUCAAGAACACAAUUUUCCUACAUUAUGUUGAAGAGAUUCCACUCGUUAGUGUGAUUCGAAGAUCAGAAGGUAACAUUCCAGUAGCACCCUUUGCCGUCGUCAAGCUUCUGGCUUCAAUCUGUCGGAUUCCAUCUCUUUACCAAACUCUCACUAUUAACAUCAACUGGAAAAUUCAAGAGCAAAAAGACAAGAUACUGAAGUGUGAUACAUUGGAUCUUCUUCUUGCUCCAUUACUGUGGCCCGGUUGCUUUGAAUUGAUGCUCAAAACUAUUCGAAACGGAAUUCUAAAAUUGUCGGAACUCGCAGAUGAACCAAUGGUUCAAAUAUCUCAUCUCGUUGAAUGUGAGCACGUCGAAACCAAGAAGAAGAUCAAUUUCGGAACUUCCCUCCUCACUCGUAAAACUAGAAUCGUUCUUGAAUUCUUGACGAAUCAAAUCGAGAAAGAAGUGGCCGAAACGAAAAGGCCUGCCUCAGAAAGUAUCACUUUGCUUGAAAGAUUCUCGGACUAUGUCUCAGAUUCUGAUGACGUGGCAAACCGUUUGGCAACGCCACUACUACUGUGUAUCGAAAGGAAGAAGUGCAAUGAAGAGACUCUUGUCAAUAUGAUGAAGUCAUUGGCUCGAAUUGCACCACUCCUCAAAGAUCCUGAAUCAUAUUUUUGCAAAUUUCCAAGACUAUUCGCCAGAAUGGAAGGAAGAACAUUAAGAGAUGCUUUGGUUUUGAUGGUUGAAGGAUUUGUAGCGUCGAAGAAUUUAGACGAGGAAACGCGAAAUAUCCUUCAUCUUUUAUGCGAACUUGAUGCAUGGGAUAAAACAAAAGUUGAUGAGCCACACUUUGAGAGACGCUACGAAGCGUAUUCUGCGUUAACGAAGAUCUGGAACGGAGACACAGCUACUAAUCAUGUCAUUCUUGCCAUGAUCUUGAGCUCACAUUUCCAUCUAAUUUCGACGACGUCCGAUUUGUCUUUGCGAAUGACUGCUGGAAACAAUGUCAGGACGAUGAUUCAAUAUGCCGGACGAACAUUAUCAGUUGCUGAGAAACGACUGUUCCUCGAUAGUUAUCUGAAUCCUACAGUCAUUGCAUUCAUGAAACAUGAUGUAGAUGCGGUUCGUGAAGAGGCACUGAACACUUUGGGAGUAAUGGCAAAAGGAUUCAAAGAGAGUCAACAUUUGGCAGAGUUGGAUGAGUUCUCGAAUGAAGACGAGGAGCUUGACUUUUUGACAAACAUGAAUCAUAUCCAAUUGUACAGAAGACAGAGAGCUAUUCGAAAAUUAGUAGAACAAGUGUCGAGUGGUGAAAAGAAUAUCUCAUUCAAUGCAAUGAACAAGUAUCUCAUCCCAAUGAUCCAUCCAUAUCUCGUCAACUACUCUGCUAAAUUCAAUGCUAUUUCCGACGAAUCUCUUGGACUUUUGAAAUUGAUCAUGUCCAAAGCGCCAUGGGGCAAAUAUUGUUCUUACCUGGAAGGAUGGUUGAGCAGAGUUGAGAAAGCUACCGCUGCAAAAGAUAACGAAUUCACUGAUAAAGCUCUUGUUCGUAUUGUUGUUGCUGUUAUUGAGGCAUUCCAUUUUGAUGUUUCAUUAGAAGAGGGAGAAACAUAUGAGGUCACACAAGAAGCAGAAGAUGGAGAAGAAGUUGUAAAGAGUGAAAAGCAGACAAUUCUUCAGAGAAUCAGUCGAGUUAUUCUUCCUCGACUAUCGAAAAGUUUGGAUUCACAGGCACAAGCAGUUCAAAAAAACGCAACAAGUGCUGAAACACAUGCAACUGCUCUUCAUCUCGAUAUUCAACGUUCGCCAAUCGCUUUAGCAAUCGUAAAACUUCUACAGAAGCUCCCGGAUGCGGUAACAGGACAACAUCUUCAUGGAGUCAUCCUGAAGUUGUGUAACCUCAUGAUGACCCGUUCAUACGAUGUCCGUGAAACAGCAAGAAAGACAUUGGUUCAGAUCGUUAAAUGCUUGGGACCAAAGUAUCUCGCAUCGGUCAUUACAGAAAUCUCGUUGACAAUGGUGAAAGGAUUCCAGGUUCACGUGGCAAUCUUUUCCGUUCAUACUCUCAUUGUGGCAAUGAAAGAUUCUACAAAAGGAGGAGAACUCGAUUCUGCGAUCAACGUCAUCGUAAAAAUGUGUAUCAAAGAUCAAUUCGCAGCAGAGGACAAGGAUAAUGGAGCUGUGAAAGCUGAAUGUCCAGAAGCCAAAGGGAAUCGUGCUCCAGAAAUGAUGUUACAUCUUGGUAGAAUCGUGUCACCGGCUGGAAUUCAAAUGGUACUGACACCAUUUAGAGAUGUUGUUAAUGAACAUCCAUCAGCUAAAGCAAUGCAAAAAGUUUCGGAGCUUCUUUCUAAAUUCGCAGGAGGACUGAAAGAUAACGAGUCAUUGGAUCAUUCUCAAUUACUCAGCUACAUUUACAAAUCGUUAACUUCUGAUGUUAAGAAACUUAUGGAAGUGGAGACGAAGAAUGGACAAAAAGAUGCAAAAGACAAAGGUCGUCGCCCAGAAAGUUGCCUCAUCCUGCCUGCUGCUCCUCAGAGAAUCGGCGCAAUGACGAAGGUUGUUAUCAGAAGUCGUGAUCACGUCUUCGCUGAGUUCUUCGUUUUACUAUUCUCAUCACUUUUGAAAGAGAAGAAGUUUGAUUUGUCGGAUGAUUCCAUGGUUUCCCGUCUUAAUCCGUUUGUCAAACUGAUUCUAGACUGCUUUGAUUUCAAGUAUGAAAAAUUGAUCUCAUGUUCAAUGCGUGCACUAGGAUCAAUGAUCAAGAUGCAACUACCAGCUAUCGCUGCCAACUCACAAAGAGUAUCUGACACACUUUUCGUACUAUUAAGUGACUAUUCGUCGAUUGGACAAGCUGGAAACAAACCAGCAAUCAUUCUUCUCAACCAAUUGAUUUACAAAGGUUUCACGAAUUUAAUUACAACCACCGGAAGUGAUUUCCUGGAUAACGAUAAACUGACGCUUUUAUUGGCAUAUGCGGAAGCGGAUGUUAUCGAUCAACACAAGCAAGCAACUAUGUUUUCGUUGAUUAAGUCAUUGGUAAAACGAGGAGUUCGACACGAGAGAUUGGGAGAAAUCAUGGACAAUCUUUCUGAAGUUUCAAUCAGAUCUCCGUUGGUUAACAUCCGAGAACAAUGUCGAGAAACACUUUUGGAGUACAUUGGAGGAGCAUCAGAUACUGAAAAAAGUGUGGAGAAACAUAUUGAAUUCUUUUUGGAUCAAUUGGAAUAUGAGUACGAAUCAGGAAGGCAAAGUGCAGCUGAAAUGCUUGAAGGAUUAUUCAAAAACCUUGUUGCGAAAUCUCUUGCGCCGGUUCACAUGUUGUGUGUAGUGAAAAUGGGAGCUGCAAUGAUGAACGAAGAGUCGCCCAAAGUUGCAAAUCAUAUCGGAUUAGCAUUGAGACAUCUGUUUGAAUCUGUGGGCGUUUCUCAAAGACAAGAGACUUUUGAAGUCAUCUGUCAAUGGCUGAAAGCGGUAGAUGAGAAUGCGAGAGCCGUUGGAAUUCAAGUUGCUGUUCAAUUGAGUUAUGUCGAAAAAGAAACGAUGCUUUCAAGGUUGCAAUCUAUCAUGGAUCAGGUUAAAGAGGUUAUAUUCGAUGAUGAUGUUUUCGAGAAUAACAGCGAAGCCACCAUCACUGUCAUUUUGCAUGGAGUCACUCGAAUCAUCUCAAAUGUAGGAAAAUCCGCAAUGACGAAGUUCGAUGCUAUCAGCUUUAUUCGAUCAAUGGAGGAACUAUCCAAGUGUGAAGAAUCCAUCGAAGUCAUGUUGGCUGCUUCAACUCUCAUCGGACAAAUUCUCUCUCAUCUGGAGUCGUCCGAGGUUCCUAAAGAUCUGUCUAAGGAUGUUUGCUUCUGGAUGACUAGACAUCUGAGACAUGAGAAAAUGACCACAGCUAUUGGAGAGCAAGCAUCCAAAAACAUUGUUUGCUUAGCGAAAAACAUCGAUUUGGAGGAAUAUCGUAUUUUGAUUGGAUUCAUUGCAGCUGCUUGUCGUUAUGAAAUCAAGCAUCACGUCAAACAAACUCUCAAAAGAAUCAAUUGUUUCAAACUUAUCGCAGCGUUGUUCGUGACAGGAGAUUCUGAACGGUGUACCAUAGUUCUCGACUCAUUUAUGCCACUUUUCGUAAGAGAAUUAAAAAUUCAUGGUGACGAAGAGUUAUCAAAAUUGACGCAAGAAGUGUGCGGACUUGUGAAAAAGAAGAUCGGAGAGGAUGAUUAUAGUCAUCGGGUUGCCUCGUGCCAAAAGAAUGCAUCUGAGAAGAUUGUGGACCGAAAGAGAAAGAUUCGUGAAUUAGCUGUAACUGCACCAGAUGACGCGGCUGAAUUGAAGAGAAAGAAGAAUAAGAAGAAGACUGAGGUGCGAAAGAGGAAACUCGAUGAGAUGAAACCAUAUCGAGCAAUGAAGCGGCGAGCUGCUGAAAAGAGGAAAGCUCAGGAAAAUGAGGAAGAAUAG